GAGAGACCUGGGACCAUGAGGAGCAGCCUGACCCUGGUGGGGACCCUCUGGGCCUUCCUGUCCCUUGUUACUGCUGUGGCCAGUUCUACCAGUUACUUCCUGCCUUACUGGCUCUUUGGAUCCCAGCUGGGGAAGCCAGUGUCAUUCAGCACAUUCCGGAGGUGCAACUACCCUGUGAGGGGAGAGGGGCAGAGUCUGAUCAUGGUGGAAGAGUGUGGGCGCUAUGCCAGCUUCAGUGCCAUCCCAAGCCUGGCCUGGCAGAUGUGCACGGUGGUGACAGGUGCUGGCUGUGCUCUGCUGCUCCUGGUGGCACUGGCUGCUGUCCUAGGCUGCUGCAUGGAAGAACUCAUCUCCAGAAUGAUGGGACGUUGCAUGGGAGCCGCACAGUUCGUGGGAGGACUGCUGAUAAGCUCAGGCUGUGCCUUAUACCCCUUAGGAUGGAAUAGCCCGGAGAUAAUGCAAACAUGUGGGAAUGUCUCCAAUCAAUUUCAGUUAGGUACCUGUCGGCUUGGCUGGGCCUAUUACUGUGCUGGAGGUGGUGCAGCUGCAGCCAUGUUGAUCUGCACCUGGCUCUCUUGCUUUGCUGGAAGAAACCCCAAGCCUGUCAUUUUGGUGGAGAGCAUCAUGAGGAACACCAAUUCUUAUGCCAUGGAGCUUGACCAUAGCCUCAAACCUUGAGCUUUGGCAGAAGAUUGGAGAGGGUGGGAAAGUGGAGGGAAGGGAGGCUUGAAAAGAGGUACUAAGACUAGGCUAGUUGCUACCCACUUGCCAGCCAGUAGUGUAACCCAGUGUUUGCAUGCUUUUUAACUCACCAGUCAUUCAGUUUCAGUUUCCCUUAAGCCAGUGGCUAUUUGCAAAAUGCAUCAAGAACAAUAAUUCUCGGAAUUCUCUGGUGGUCCAUUGGUUUAAGACUCUGUGCUUCCAAUGCAGGGGGCGUGGGUUUGAUCUCUGGUUGGGGAACUAAGAUCCUGCAUUCUGUGCUAUGUGGCUAAAAAAUAAAUAAAUAAAAAUAAAGAACAAUAAUUCUCUCAAGUGUUUACCUAGCUGGUGAGUACCCACUAGCCCCCAAGUCCCAAAAUAAUACAAAAUAAGAAGAAAGAUCCUCAGUUGAAAAGUAACUGCACAUUCAAGCAGCUCUUCAGAGUUCUACAGCUCCUAUCACUUACCUCAGAGCUUAAAGUUUGGGUAAAAACACUUGUGCAGGAAAGGGCCAUGAGAUGGACAGGGCUGGUUCCUACCACUCUAUUCCUUUGGUCCUCCCCUGAUAUUAUUGCC